AUGUCCGCAACGAUCGUGCUAGACAGCCGCCACACCCAUUAUACAAAUCUCGACUUCUUGACGGGCAAAGUCGUAUUACAGCUACCGACUGAGGCAGCUAUUGGUGGAAUCCAGGUCAAAUUGGAGUGUGAGAGUCGCACUCGCCUAUCCGGCCCCAGGAACCCUCAGAAUGUGCACUCGGAUAAAAAGAGGACGGAGCUGGAGGUCCACAAGAUCUUGUACAAAGUGGCAACCGUCUUUCCCACGCCCGCUGUGAUGCAGCAUGGCUCUCCUACGACUUCAUAUACUUUUGCUGCAGGGUCAUAUGAGUAUCCCUUCCAGUUCAAAUUUCCUUUUAAUAAUUCAUGCAGCAGCCACAAUAGCAUGCUCACCAAUCUAAAUUUCACCGGGUUGAAAGUCGAGGUGGCUAAAGAUACCAACCGACAUGUCAGGAAAACACUGCCUCCUUCGCUAAGUGGAUUCCCCGGUGAAGCAGACAUCAAAUACUUCGUCAAGGCUACUAUCAUUCGACCGCAAUUCUACAAAGAGAAUAUCCGAGCGAUUGUACCUUUAAACUUCUUACCCAUUGAGCCGCCAAGGACCGGCAGUCCCAACGAGGAAACAUAUGCCAGGCGCCAACAUCAAUUCUCCAAAAUUCAAAGCGGGACCAAGAAGAAGAGCAUUUUCUCAAGAGGCCCAUCUGCACUCAAGGAAAUCUAUGCAGAACCCCCUCGUGUCUCUGUGGAUGCACGGCUCCCGCAUCCAUCUAUUCUCACUUGCAACGAACCUGUUCCGCUCCGUCUUUUGGCUAGAAAGCUGACUGAUGGGUCGGACAUGAUCUUCCUGCAGAUGUUGCAGAUCGAACUAAUAUCUUACACAAAGAUUCUGGCCCAUGAUCUUACACGGACUGAAAGCAACUCUUGGGUCCUCAUGAGUCGCAGCAAUAUGAACACAGCCCUAGGCAAUCCGGACGAUGCAGUUGGAACCGAUUGGACUAUUGACGCAAACCUAUGGAAUCGUGUCCCAUUACCUAACUCAGUGGCGCCAUCAUUUGAGACAUGUAACAUUGAACGGAGCUACGAAUUGGAGAUUCGAGUUGGCUUGACCCACGGAAAUGCUCACGAGAUGAAGCCUCAACUCAUCGUUCUUCCCUUGCGCAUGCCCGUCAGAGUAUUCUCUGGAAUUGCACCUCCUCAAGCCCUCCUGGACGCAAUGGCAGCUGCAUCCCUCCAGCCAGCCUCUAAACAAAAACCCCACCCCAACCUACCAACAGAAGCCGGAGACAGCCGACCACUCAUGCCUCCACGGCCCACAGGCGAGCCUGUACCCGUCAAUUCCGGCGACGUGUACGACGAUGCACCGCCAAGCUAUGAGGAUGCCAUGGCAGACCACCUGAGCCCAGUGGACGGGCCACGCCGCGAGUAUCACCCUCCCGAUGCCUCCUCUUCUUCCCGGACAUCAGUGGAAUCAGGAGCUGAUGUCAAGCCCGCAGCCCCAAUGGGUAAGAGUCAAGAGGAUGGGCCCGCGGCAGAAGGAUCCUCAGCCCCCCGUCGUCGAGACUACCGUUCUUCCUCGGAAUCCUUUGAUAUGCUACCCACCACUCCCCCGGAAUCCCAAUCUGGAUCACCGCCCGCUUCGCCUGUGAGACGGUCACAGAGUAUGAUGAAGGUUCCCCGGAACACCGUUGAUGAAGAGAGCCCGCCGCAGUAUGAACCUGUUGCUGGAAAUCAGCUUAAAGCGCCCCAGGCUGUGGAACACCGUACUUCGCGCAAUAACCUGCGUCCUAUGAAUUUGGGCGUUCCUAGUCGAAAACCUGUGCCACGAAGCUCGAAUAGUGGUGCAAAGUAG